GACGUCUUCUUUUUCUGACUUACUGUCGCUGAUGUACCUACCUGGUCCUAUUUCACCCUCAUUCAUACAUAGAAAUUAUUUCUUCUGGUCAGGACCGCACUUAUCUUUUACAGUGAUCUGUUUAAACCGGGUGUUUUGGUAGUGUUGGCGCGGAGUUAAUAAUACACUUCGGAUAAUUAAUUGUUUUAAUUAUUUAGCUAGCUCGCUAGCUAAUAACAUUCAGAGUAAUGGACGAAAAGGCGUUUACGAAGGAACUUGAUCAAUGGAUUGAGCAACUCAACGAGUGCAAGCAGUUAUCGGAAAACCAAGUGAAAACGCUCUGUGAAAAGGCGAAGGAGAUCCUGACCAAGGAGUCCAACGUGCAGGACGUGCGAUGCCCCGUCACGGUGUGCGGGGACGUCCACGGGCAGUUCCACGACCUGAUGGAGCUCUUCAGAAUCGGGGGCAAGUCUCCGGACACAAACUACCUCUUCAUGGGGGACUACGUGGACCGGGGCUACUACUCCGUGGAGACCGUCACGCUUCUGGUAGCGCUAAAGGUCAGAUACCGGGAGCGUAUCACAAUUCUGCGAGGGAACCACGAGAGCAGGCAGAUCACGCAGGUGUACGGCUUCUACGACGAGUGCUUGCGGAAGUACGGCAACGCCAACGUGUGGAAGUACUUCACAGACCUCUUCGAUUACCUCCCGCUCACAGCCCUGGUAGACGGUCAGAUAUUCUGUCUGCACGGAGGACUGUCGCCGUCGAUAGACACAUUAGAUCACAUCCGGGCGCUGGACCGUCUACAGGAGGUGCCGCAUGAGGGGCCCAUGUGUGACCUGCUGUGGUCGGACCCGGACGAUCGCGGUGGCUGGGGAAUCUCCCCGCGUGGUGCGGGCUACACCUUCGGACAGGACAUCUCCGAGACCUUCAACCACGCCAACGGCCUUACUCUUGUAUCAAGAGCUCACCAGCUGGUGAUGGAGGGAUACAACUGGUGCCAUGAUCGCAACGUGGUGACGAUUUUCAGCGCACCCAAUUACUGCUAUCGCUGUGGAAACCAAGCGGCCAUCAUGGAGCUUGAUGAUACCCUUAAGUACUCCUUCUUGCAGUUUGACCCCGCCCCUCGCAGAGGAGAGCCCCAUGUGACGCGCCGGACGCCAGACUACUUCCUGUAAAAAAAUGUCACCUACGUGUGUACAGUAUUGCUGUGAUUUAAUGUACACUCAGCUUAAAGCCAGACCGGACCGCGAUGAGAAGGGCAACCGUGUAAAUGAUAUAUCUGUUCAGAAAAGAAAAAAAAAACUAUUUAAGCAUUCAGAGAGCGUGUACAUGGACCAAAAGGUUUGCCGUAUUUAAAAAUGGGGGAAGGGUGUGGAAUGCACAAGUGUCUGUCUGAGACUGUGACCGUUCAAAUAGGCGGUGAUUUCUCUCUGUGCAACACCGCUGCUUUCAAAAUCAUCUUUUUUUUAAUCUGCAUGGUCAGUAAGUUUCCGUCAGCCCUGUUGGUGCACACCUUUGCAUUGUGUAUGUGUGUCGUAAGAACCCACAGCAGAUGCAUUUGCCAGCAGUACUUGAUGAAUUGACGAAAGCGAAGAACUGGGCCUUGUAAUUAAAUAAAGAAGCUUCAUUCCGCCAGUGUUACUCUGAGAACAGCUUAAAUAAGCAUUGUAGUUUUAAGAACUUUUCAGCAGGGGGUGAGAAACCAGGGCAUGUUUUUGUUUUUUUUAUUUUUUUUUUAUUUACAGGAGUGUCCUCAACAUAAAAAAAAAAAAAAAACUUUGUUUUUGUUAAAUCUUUUGCCAUUCAUACUUAAGUGAUGUGUGUAACAGGUACAUUUUUGGUCACUUUCUUUUCUUAAAGGAAAGUACUAUGGCUGAAAUUCCCUGCUCAUUUUUUUUUUUUUUUCAAGAAUGAACUUGUGUACAAAGACUGUAAAAGAGGGUGGGUUCAGUUUGCAGAAGGCGUGCAGUUAAUUCAGUGCCGUUGUGUGAAUGCUUACACUAACACAUUGUGAUGGUAAGAUACCUGGGAUGAGGGUGCAAGUGUAAUAAUAAAGAUGGAAGUUGCUCCUUCAAA